GACACUACUUGCAAUUUACAUUUGGCACUACUCGCAAUGUCCGUCUCCUGCGUGGCUUGCGUCGGUUCUUUGGAAUGUCUUUUUUUUGUAACGAGAAGCGGUCGUAUCGCUAUCGGUUCUGUAUCGUAGAACAGCAAAAGCUGUAAGUCGGUUGAUACUAGCCAUUCGUACAAAACUUUUUCGGAAAAAUAACGAGGAUUUUCGUUCAAGGAACCGACAACGACAUCCGUAACAUCGGAUAGAGUCGUGGAACAUCGUACAAAAGGGCACAGCGAACCAUCGUACUACGUCGCGGUCGUGCAAAGAAGUAAGGAUUUUUACAGACGAUCGACCGCGUACAUGUUCAUCCGCUUGCCUUUGAAUUCGAAAUCCGCAUGUGGACGACUCCCUUACUACCCAAAUGUGAUGUUGAACCCCAUUUGAUGUUCGGACCGUGACCAUUUUCACUUUUUCCACUCGAUUCCACCUUGUACUUGAUUGUGCUGUGAAACUCAACCUAGGCAAACGAAUCGGAAAAGUUUUUUCCAAAACCAACCCCCAAACUCGCAAAAUGGCGAAGAUGAUGAAGAUGAUGAAGGCCGCCGAGCCGGCCCCGGCCAUGAAGAAGAUGAUGAAGAUGUCCAUGAAGAUGAAGAUGAUGUCCAUGAAGAAGAAGUAA